CGACAACUUUUGGUCUGGAGCUAUUUUGUUGUUUUGGAAACUAACAUUCUAUUGCAAAACAAUUUUGUUAAAAACGGUUAUUUGAGACCGGUAUUAUCUUACGAAGUGUAAUUGCGAUGGCGUCAGCGACGGUUCCACUGUUGGAAGAAGCUGUACCAUUCGGUGAAGAUAUUCAAGAAGGAAUUGCAAAACAUUCAGCGCAUCCAUAUGUGUUAUUUUUUCACGUAUUUUUUCGAUCAUUCGCAAUAGCAUCAUAUUUAUUUUGCGGCUGGUUUAGCGACAGUUUUAUUACCAGUUUUGUUUUCGUGGUAAUGUUUUUGUCGGCUGAUUUUUGGGCAGUUAAAAAUAUUACUGGCCGAAUGCUCAUCGGGCUGCGUUGGUGGAACUACGUAGAUGAUAAAGGCGUGUCACACUGGAUAUAUGAAUCAAAGGGCGAGAAUUAUGCAGACAAGAUAAACCCCCACGAGGCACGCAUAUUUUGGACGGCGUUGGUAGUUUGCCCCGUUGUUUGGGUGUUCUUGUUUAUCGUUGCAUUGUUUGGUUUAAAAUUUAAAUGGCUGCUUUUGGUGUUUAUUGCUCUAGUACUGAAUGGUGCAAACCUGUUCGGUUAUAUCAAAUGCAGAUUCGGAGCCAAUACUAAUCUUAGCACCACAUCUGAUUUCGUGAAAAGUCAGGUACUUAAAAAUGCUAUAAAUUGGAUGGCCGCCUCUCCCAGCAGCAAUAAUACCAAUGCUCCCAGUAAUUGAAUAAUGUAGUCAAAUUUGCUUAUAACCAUAAACGUGAUUGUAUAUUCCAUGCAACCGCCUUUUUUUCUUUACUGGCUCAACAACCGUUGUAUAGUCAAAAGCCUGUCUUGUUGAAGUUUAUUCUGACUUCAGUUUUCUGCGUACGAGGAAGGCUCAGACCAGAUUAGAACCCGAUACCCGUAAUUAAGAAGAUCAUUUUCGGAAUUUGAUGUGAUUUAUUAUAGGAAUAAUUUUCAAUGGUAACGAUUAAUUUGAAAUAAA